GCGGCGGCACCAAGCAUCCUUCACCUCCACCACACCCCACCACACCACCAUGAACGGCUCCACCGCAAACGGCUCGGCCGCCGCGCACCAGCAGGCCUUCCACCGCGCCGUCGCGCCCUCGUCGCCGCCCGUCGUCGUCGCCGGCGCCGGCUCGUUCGCCGGCAUGAUGGCCGCGUCGCAGGGCGCGGCGCCCGCCGUGCCCUUCAGCGGCAGCGCCGGCUCGCCCACGGCCUCGUACGCCGGCGCCGGCUCGCAGCGCGCGCGCAGCAUCAGCAUCCCGGGCAAGCCGAGCAGCAUGCCGCGCCUCCUCACGCCCUUCGACCAGGGCGACAUCCGCAUCCUGCUCCUCGAAAACGUCAGCCAGGGCGCCGUCGACAUGCUGCGCCAGCAGGGCUACCAGGUCGACUUCCACGCAAAGGCCUGGAGCGAGGACGAGCUGUGCGACAAGAUCGGCCAGUACCACGCCAUCGGCAUCCGCAGCAAGACGAAGCUGACGGCCAAGGUGUUCCGCCGCGCCGAGAAGCUGCUGCUCGUCGGCUGCUUCUGCAUCGGCACCAACCAGGUCGACCUGACGGCCGCCGCCAAGGCCGGCGUCGCCGUGUUCAACUCGCCCUUUGCCAACUCGCGCUCCGUCGCCGAGCUCGUCAUCGGCGAGAUGAUCUGCCUGUCGCGCCAGCUGGCGGACCGCACCAACGAGAUGCGCGCCGGCGAGUGGAACAAGGUCAGCAAGGGCUGCUACGAGGUGCGCGGCAAGGUGCUCGGCAUCGUCGGCUACGGCCACAUUGGCUCGCAGCUCUCGGUGCUCGCCGAGAGCAUGGGCAUGAGCGUGCUCUACUACGACGUCGUGCCGCUCAUGCCGCUCGGCACGGCGCGGCAAGUGGAGAAGCUCGAGGACCUGCUGGCGGCGUCCGACUUUGUCUCGCUGCACGUGCCCGAGCUGCCCGAGACGAAGAACCUCAUCGCCGCGCCGCAGCUGGCGGCCAUGCGCAAGGGCGCGUACCUGCUGAACAACGCGCGCGGCACCGUCGUCGACCUGCCCGCGCUCACCGACGCGCUCGACGCCGGCCACCUGGGCGGCGCCGCCAUCGACGUCUUCCCGCGCGAGCCGGCGGCCAACGGCAAGGACACGUUCGUCGACGCCCUCAACGGCUUCGAGAGCCGGCUGCGCGCGUGCAAGAACGUCAUCCUCACGCCGCACAUUGGCGGCAGCACCGAGGAGGCGCAGACGAUGAUCGGCAUCGAGGUCGCCAACGCCAUCAUCCGCUACAUCAACUUUGGCGGCAGCACGGGCGCCGUCAACUUCCCCGAGGUCGACCUGCGCGUCAUCACGCAGGCCGACUCGGACGACGUCGUGCGCUUCUGCCACGUGCACCACAACGUCCCCGGCUCGCUGAAGGCCGUCAACGAAAUCCUCGGCAACCACAACGUCGUGAAGCAGAACUCGGACUCGCGCGGCGACGUUGCGUACCUGCUCGUCGACGUCGCCGGUGUCGACGAGGAGGCCAAGCGCGAGAUCUACGAGCGCAUCGGCCAGACCAAGGCCAACGUGCUCACGCGCAUGCUCUCUUGAUCAACGUGACCUCUUUGCCACAGAGCGCCUCAUCUGCGCUUUGUCGGCUUGACGCAAAACUCUCUGCCCGUACGCGCCCUCGCCGCUGCGGCCCGCACUGUGCCCUCUCCGCCCAUGCUGUAUAGUUCCUCCUCGCACUGCCGUCCCAUGUCCCUUCAGCCAUCUAGACUCAACUCUAUGACCCGUGCGUAGCAAUUAUUUUCGUCACCUGGAA